AUGGAGAAAUCAAGAAUGCCAAGAAACGUAUACGAGCCUUUGAAGACAUAUUUCCUCAAGGUUAACAUCAAUUGUCAAGGAUGUAAAAUGAAAGUGAAGAAAACACUGAGAAAAGUUGAAGGUGUUUACUCUGUUGAUAUAGACACAGACCAACAAGCAGUGAUCGUUAGAGGUAACUUGGAUCCAGAGAUUUUGAUCAAGAAGCUGAACAGAAGAGGGAAACAUGCUCAGCUCUUGUUCAUGAGUCCUUACCAUAAGAACCAGUUUGGUGAUCAUCAAGCUGGCAACAUAAGCUUGAGGAACACACAACACAAUUUCGGAAGCAAUCAGUUUAACAAUGUCUCAAGGCAGAGUCUUAAUCAUCUGAGUGAGGAAGAGAUGGGGAACAACAUGAAACCUGUGAUGAUGAAUGAUGCAGAUUAUUUUCAGAUGACCAAUUCAUCUGACAAUUUCCAAGAGCUAUUUGGAGAAUCACCACGAUAUGAAGAGGUGAAUCCAAAUCUGAUGAGGGAGAUGGAGUUUGGGUAUUCUAAUUCAUACCCUGCAACAGAAACAAUGAAUAUGCAAGUUGAAGGAAGAUCAGAUGAUAUGAUGAUGAAUGGGAGAGGCUUACGCAGUCAGACGAUGAUGAACAGUCCAUCUUUAGUUCCUCAGUAUAUGAAUCAUGAACAGUUCAGCUCAAAGCAACUUCACGGCUUUUACUACUGA